AUGCACUCCACGUCCGCUCAGCGGAAAUCUUCUUGGCAGUCGCAACAGCUAUCAUCGGUGCGCUCAAAGGGCUCAGGCAGAGCUGAUCAUGGUACCGCACACCAGUCUGACCAGUCUCUUGACCGACAAGACGGCCCGCAAGAAAACUCGCAUCGCGGUGCGUCGACAACGGGGUUGCACUCAGCCCAGGAACGAUGGUGGCACGUCCAUUUGUUCCGUGGAAUGGUCAACGACGUCAAGCGCAGAGCACCAUAUUAUUGGAGCGAUUGGACUGAUGCAUGGGAUUAUCGUGUCGUGCCUGCUACGGUCUAUAUGUAUUUUGCUAAUAUCUUGCCUGCUUUGGCCUUCUCGUUGGAUAUGUUCGAGAAGACAAGUCAAAGCUAUGGCGUUAAUGAAGUCCUACUUGCUUCCGUUCUUGGUGCAUUUGUAUUUUCGCUUUUUGCGGCCCAACCGUUGGUCAUUGUCGGAGUCACUGGUCCCAUCACUGUGUUCAACUAUACUGUCUAUGAUAUCAUGGCUCCUCGAGGGACACCGUAUCUUGCAUUUAUGUGUUGGAUUGGAAUCUGGUCUUUGAUUAUGCAUUGGAUACUGGCCAUCACUAAUGCCUGCAACGCCCUGACCUAUGUCACUCGGUUCUCGUGCGACAUCUUUGGAUUCUACGUUGCUUGCAUCUAUAUUCAGAAGGGCAUUCAAGUUCUCACUAGACAAUGGGGCUCUGUUGGAGAGACCUCUGCUUAUCUGAGUAUCAUGGUUGCACUACUUGUCCUAAUGUGUGCAUGGAUCUGUGGAGAGCUGGGCAACGGCCAUCUUUUCAAGCGAUUCAUUCGGAAAUUUCUUGAGGACUAUGGUACACCUUUGACCAUCAUCUUUUUUACCGGUUUCGUCUACAUCGGUAAAAUGAGAGAUGUUGAUGUCGCUACGCUCCCUACUAGCAAAGCUUUCUUUCCUACAAGUGACCGGUCUUGGCUUGUGCGGUUCUGGGAUAUCAGUGUUGGGGAUAUUUUCCUUGCCAUCCCAUUUGCGCUUCUUCUUACAAUUCUCUUUUAUUUUGAUCAUAAUGUGUCAUCUCUCAUUGCCCAAGGAACCGAAUUUCCUCUUCGAAAGCCAGCUGGCUUCCACUGGGACCUCUGGCUCCUCGGCCUCACAACCUUUGUAGCUGGACUUCUGGGAGUACCAUUCCCCAAUGGUCUGAUUCCCCAGGCCCCCUUCCACACUGCCGCCCUCUGCGUCACUCGCCAGGUCGCAGACGAAGAUGAUACAAAUAAGGGGAAAGCUAUCCGGAUUACAGACCACAUAGUAGAGCAGCGUGUUAGCAACUUCGCACAGGGCCUUUUGACCCUCGGAACAAUGACUGGACCCCUCCUCAUCGUGCUCCACUUGAUUCCACAGGGUGUCAUGGCUGGUCUGUUCUUUGUUAUGGGUGUCCAGGCUCUACAAGGCAAUGGCAUUACGCAAAAACUGAUUUUCCUCGCUGAGGACAAGAAGUUUACCUCUGCGUCGAAUCCUCUGAAGCGAAUCGAGCGCCGUUUCGCCAUCUGGGCCUUCGUCGCUCUUGAAUUGUUUGGCUUUGGUGCGACUUUCGCUAUCACUCAGACCAUCGCUGCCAUCGGGUUCCCUGUUAUUAUUCUCCUCCUAAUCCCGGCGCGCUCAUUCCUGCUUCCUAAAUGGUUCUCCCGCCAGGAGCUUGCAGCACUCGAUGGGCCGACAGCUAGUCCAUUCACCAUGGAAAGUGUCGGUGGCACCCACGGACUGGAGGACUACGAUGAAGCAAUAGCUAGUGGUGCCCAGGAGGAAUAUUCGAGUGGAGAUGACGGAGUCCUACGAAACCGAACUUCAGCUUCUCUGGCGUCUGCAGUCGAAGAGGAUGAGCUAGAGCGAGGUGAGGCGUAUGAGCUCGCCUCCCGGGUUUCGCGCAGAAGCACAGCUAGUCGGGCGGACUAA